CGCACACAUACUCUCCCCGCUAUCCAAAGGCCUAUUCAAGAGGGCUAUUAUGGAGAGCGGCGCCCAUAUGUAUAACAAGGACAGGGAUGUGGUCAACAAAGCCUUGGCCUUAGCUCAAGGAAAAGUAUUAGCAAAACAAUUGAAAUGCAAUGAAACCGAGGAUUGGAUACAAUGUUUGCGAAGAGCGGACGCCAGAGAUAUCGUAAAAUAUGGCAAUUCUAUGCCAUACCUGGUGUUGGGCACAGAGUUUUUGCCUAUUAGUGCCGGACAGGCCUUUCGAGAGAAAAAAUACAAUUCAGACAUUGAUUUAAUGGCCGGAAUCGUACGUAACGAGGGAUCCCUAUUCUUGCCGAGUAUUAUACAAAACCCGUCAAAUAUAACACUCAUGGGCUUUAAAAUAGGGGUUUUCAAACUCGAUGUCAUAUAUCACGGCAUAAAUGAGUUUAUAAUAAACCAAUAUUACCUUAAAGGGGUCAACAGUAGUGAUCCAUUGGCCCUCCGGUGGGCGUUGAGUGCAUUAUUGGGUGAUCUGACGCUCGGGUGUCCGACAUAUCUGUUUGCCCGACAGUUGGCCGCCGGUGUUGUGGACACACAUCGUGUCUAUUUUUAUGAGUUUGAUUACGAGAGUAGACUGUUUGCCAAUAUUACCGGUUGCAAUACCAAAACGAUGGGCGUCUGUCACGAGGCGGAGCUGCCGUUUGUCUUUGGCUUACCAUUCAUUAACACCAAAGACUUCUCACCGCAAGACCUGGUCUUCAGUCGAGAAGUGAUGCGAUUGUGGACUAAGUUUGCAAAAGACGGACGUUUUGGUGAUGAGUGGCCGCAGUUGUCGGGCGCCGGUGUGUCGUCCGGUGCGGCGCCACUCGUGCGAAGUCUAGAUCCGGCAAAUAUGAGCCGCAUUUACACCGAUCCCUAUCAUAACACUUGUGAUGGCGUUUGGAUAUCAGGAAAUAUCGCGCCCGGUCAGUUAUUGGCUAUUAUGGGACCUAGUGGUGCUGGCAAAACGACCCUGCUCAAUGCACUCACCGGCAGAAAUAUGAGCAAAAUGUCGGUCACCGGAGAUGUGCUGAUAAACGGCCGGCCGGUAAACGGGCGGACUCUGGCCUCCAUCUCGUCGUAUAUCCAACAAAACGAUUUGUUUCAUCCAUUGCUUACCGUCACUUUGCGAUUGGCUGGAACUUUCGAUGAGCCGACGAGUGGUUUGGACUCAUUUAUGGCCGAAAGUAUUGUCCGGCUAUUGAAGGCUAUGGCCUGUGAGGGCCGGACUAUAGUCUGUACUAUACAUCAGCCGUCGUCUCAAGUGUUUGCACUUUUCGACCACUUAUUACUGAUGACCGACGGAAGGGUUGCUUUCAUGGGAACCAAUGGUGAAGUAAAGAACUUUUUUGCAUCAAACGGUUAUAUUUGUCCAGCUCACUACAAUCCUAGCGAUUAUUUUAUGAAUCAAUUGGCAAUCACAUCUGAUCCACAAACUAAGAAAAAUGCCAAUAAAUUGUGCGAUAAAUUCCUAGACUCGGAAUAUAACGUCUCCAUAUUGUCAGACAUUAAU